AUGAUCUCGUAUAAUUGGAAGAGUCAGGAGCUGGCAUGGUCACUGACAAGCUGCCUGUCUCACCUCGGCAUCCAUGUCUGGCUGGAUGUGUAUCGGAUGGAAAACGCUCACAGCCUCCAAGACAUGAUCUACGCAGUGCCGAAGCAAGUUCUGUUUGUGAUCGCCAUAGUGAAUCCCAACUAUCUGAGUAGUGUAAAUUGCUGUAUAGAGCUUCUUUCGACUCUAGAUAUGGAUCCAGCUCGCAGUGUGUUCUUCGUAGACGGAUCUAUGGACUGGAACGCUGGAGCUUCCCCACAAGAUGCCGAGAGGAUUCUGCGCGAGCAUGGGAGGCAUGUGGUUACCUCUGUCGAAGAGCUUCUGCAGCACAUCGACGCAAGAUGA